UAUAAAUUGAUUAUCAUAACAUAUCAUUUUUUGGAUACGUUGCAAUUUAUACUAAGUAUUUUAAUACUUUUUAAAAAAUGUCAAUGCACGCAACACCGAUACUCUACUUAAACAUGGGUGGUGAAAUGCUGUAUGUUUUACGACAAAGACUGAAAGCUCAAAAGGUCGACAUCGACAAAACUGUGCAAGUAUUAAAUGAUGUAACUGCGGCUUUACUCAACGUCACAGCACUUUCUUCGGUAUUUAAAAAAAGCCCAGUUAUAGCUGUAGCAUCAUUACGUCCUACUUUAGAAUGUGCUGCUUUAUCCUCUAUUAUGAGAUUGGAUAAUAGUAGUAUGGAUAAGUUAUUUGACCUAAUGACAAUGAUGGUGAAAUAUCAAUUGAGUGUGGUCACUGGUCCAAGAGAAGUCAUUCUUCUUACAUUAAAUCAUAUAGAUGCAAUGCGUGACAUGGUUAGUAAUCCAACUGGACAAGAAUGUGUUGCAUUGGUACAUCAGAUGGUUGUUGAUUUUUAUAGUGACUUAACUUUUGAUGAAGUUUGGAAAACAAGAUACGAUUGUCUCCAAGAAUUAGAACCAUAUCGUGUAAGGGUUUCUAUUCUUUUAAGACUUGGUUUACAGAAUGAAGAUACUAGUUUUAAUUUAACACUGAAUAAGUAUGAUGAAAAGUAUGAGGAACAUAGACAUAUAUUAGCCAAUCAGAAAAUAAAAGAUGUAAAUCUCAAUCAGAAUUGUAAAGGUUCCUUUCAACUUUUCGGUGAUCGCGAAACAUUAUUGGGAAGAAAUAUAUACUCUUCUACAUAUGGAAUGACAGAAAAAUUAAAACCAAAGCAACAUGAUUCGAAUUUUCUGAAAGAUUGUGGCACUAAAGCAGAACUUGGAAUGUUAGCUACUCAAUUAGGAACAGAAGAGACUUAUGAGAGACCUUUUACUUUGAAUUUAUUUUCCAAUGAAGAAGAAACUUCAAAUAAUAAAAAUAAGUGUAAUGUUGAUAAAAAUAACUUUGAAAGCAGAGAAUUAGAAGUUGAGAAAACAAAGAUAAAUGAAGACUAUAAAAAUAAGCUUGAUAAUGUUUAUGCAGAUUUUCGUGAAAAUGAACAGGAGAAAGUGGCACGCAGUAUGGAUCUACUUGAUCUGCUUGAUGAAAUCGAAUAACGUACUAAUUCAUCAAAAUAUUAUCUGAAAAAAUAAUUGCUUCAUAUUUCUUUUCAAUGCACUUAACAGAUAAAUAUAUAUGCAAUAUAAUUUGCACCUCAUUCAGUGAUAUAAUAUUUUUAACUCCAUACAAUAUACAUUCAUAUCAAUGAUAUAUUCGUACCAUUGAAAAUAUAUUAAAUGCAUAAAUAAUUCUUUAUAAAUCAUUAUAACUAAUUUUAAGUCUUAGUCAUAUCCAAAAUGUAUUUUACUCCAGUUUUACCACUAAUAUUGAGUGCAUUUGCAAUAGCUUCUUGAUAUUGAGAGAAAGGUACAAGUUUGUAUGGUGGAGCUUGUAAUUUUUUAUCUCUAAAAAAAAUUGUUAAUUCAUCA